UAUCUUCUUGCAUCAAUAAAAACACACUACCAAAAAACAAGAACAAAAAUGGCAGAAAAAAACAGAAGGGGUUGGAGAGUGAGAUGCUGCCAUUGCUGAGAUUCCCAAGAUCUUCCUCUGUUGAUUUUACACUCACUUUGAAGUGUUGCCAUUGUUGGAGUUUCAGAGCUUGAGUUUGGUGGCAGCCAAUAGUCAUGGCUGUUGUUCCUAGUUCAGAGAUGUUGGAUACUCUCAAAUACACUCCCACUUGGGUUGUUGCCACUGUUUGCACUAUCAUUGUUCUCAUCUCUCUUUGUGCAGAGCGUGGCCUCCAUUACCUUGGAGAGUUUCUGAAACACCGACGGCUGGAUGCACUGUUUGAGGCUUUGCAGAAAUUAAAAGAAGAAUUGAUGCUUCUCGGUUUCAUCUCCCUUAUGUUAACUGUCUUCCAAGGUUUGAUCAGCAAUAUCUGUGUUCCUCCGAGAGCUGUAUCUAUUAUGCUUCCAUGCAAAAUAGAGAAGGGAUUCGACACCGAGCAAGAGACUCAUCACGGAGAGCACUUCUCUCUUGGAAAUACACUAAACAAGAGGAGGCUUUUGUCUGAAGGUUCUGGUUCUUCUCUUUGCCUGAGUAAAGGGAAAGUUCCAUUAUUAUCUCUUGAAUCGCUGCACCAUCUCCACAUCUUUAUUUUUGUGCUCGCAGUCGUCCAUGUUGUCUUCUGUGCCACAACAAUGGUUCUUGGAGGAGCUAAAAUUAGAAGAUGGAAACAUUGGGAAGAGGCUAUUAAGAAAGAGAAUUCAAAGCAAGAAGAUGUGACGACUAAUAAAAAUCUAAAUGCUCCUGCUGAAAAUGAGUUUGUCAAGGAGCGGGCAAUGGGAUUUUGGAGAAAGUCGGUUGUUAUAAGUGGGAUGAUGUCAUUUUUCAAGCAGUUUUAUGCCUCUGUGACAAAAUCAGACUACAAAGCACUUCGAUCAGGAUUCAUCAUGAAACACUGCAGUUCAAACCCAAACUUCGACUUCCACAGAUACAUGAUGCGAGCUCUUGAGGAUGACUUCAAGAUUGUUGUCGGUAUAAGCUGGUACUUGUGGCUUUUCGUCGUCCUGUUUCUAUUGCUCAAUGUGAAUGGAUGGCACACAUAUUUCUGGUUAUCCUUCUUGCCUUUGAUUCUGCUACUCGCUGUCGGUGCAAAAUUAGAGUACAUCAUUACAAAAUUGGCUCAAGGAGCAGCUGAUAAGGAAGCACAAAGAGUGAAGCCUUCAGAUCACCAUUUUUGGUUCCGGAGACCGGGAAUUGUUCUUUACUUGAUUCACUUCAUCUUGUUCCAGAACUCCUUCGAGAUGGCGUUUUUCUUCUGGAUAUGGAGCACGUAUGGAUUCAACUCGUGCAUCAUGGAAAAAUUAAAUUAUAUAAUCCCCCGACUUGUUAUCGGAGUGCUCAUUCAAGUGCUUUGCAGUUAUAGUACCCUUCCUUUGUAUGCAAUUGUCACUCAGAUGGGCGACAUGUUUAAACAAGCGAUAUUUGCGGCACAAUUAAGAACAACACUGCAUGGAUGGGCAGAGGAUGUGAGAAAGCGAAAGCGGUCAGGGAAAGGUUCAUUCUUGGGUGGUAAAAAUGGACCGAGUGUUCCCGGUGCUGAGUCACAGUUGCAGAAGACGGACUCUGGAGCGUCCGGAAGCUCACAUGCAGAAAAAAAGUUGCCUUCUUUGGCAGGAUUAGUAGCAUCGGCAACAAAAAAUCCGGAAACACCUCCAGUCUAAUUGAAGAUCACUUUCUGACGAACAAACAAACCAUGGAGAUUAUCAUGGAUCCAGUCUUAAGGAUUGCAUACUAGAUAACGACCAAUUUAUCUAUUCAUAUGAACUCUGUAUUUCUGUUCGGCUAAUUUAUGUUUUAAGCAUGAAGUAAAGAUUCUCAUCUUUCUACAUGUAUUUACCCUGUAAUGUAUUGAUGAAAUUCAAUCUAAUCUUGAAAUCAGCUGUA